GUUUCUUCCGGACUAUAGAAUUUAGAACUCUAUUCAGGACAUUCAUCGCCGUCCCCUUCUCUCUCUCUCUCUCUCUCUCUCUCCAAUUGGAAACGAUCAAGCAGGUAUAUUCAUUUCGAUGGCUAACAACUCUCAUCUGGGAUACUUUUGGGAGCUCAAAUACCUCAAUGUAUAUGUAUUUUGAAAUUUGAAGAAAGUGGAGGUAAAAGUUAGCUUUUUCGAAUUCAUAAUAAUGAGAAGGUAAUGCCCUUUUACUGUUUAGGGUAAGUUUGUGUGAUGAAAAGUUGAAGUCCUCUUGGAUUCAAUUAUGACUCAGGAGUGAUAGAAAGGUGGUUUAUUUAUUGUGUUUGAUGGUUUCUGACCACAAUUGUUUGAAAAAACAGCAUUUUCAUUUGAUCAAUGUGAUGGGUUAGCUGAAAGGGUUUUUGGGUUUUGCUUAUACUGGGUAGAAAUUUUUAUUUUUGUUGAUAUUGAGAGGAUUAAAGGGUAAGAGCAGAGAUAUUGAGCAUGUGAUGGAUCGUGUAGAUUCGAAAGGAAGUGAUCUUGAUGUUGAUUUAGAAAGUGGUGGGACUACAAGUGACGAAGAUGGAAGUAAAGACCUGAGUUCAAGUGAUGAGCAUGCAAAGAAACUGUUGGGUAGGGUUUGGAGUGGCCUUUUGGGAUUAGAUGGAACCACAGGGGGUGGAGAUGGUUUGGCUUCAUACAACAAGCUUUUAAAUUCUGGUGAUGUUACUGUUGCAAAUAUGCAAAUAUUAUCGGACAAGUAUGGACAAGAUCUGACGGGUUCUGUGGGGAAGAAAUUGAAGGAGAAGCGGAAUAAGAUGAGCUCCAAAAAGCCUCCCAAACCACCCCGCCCGCCCAGAGGUCCAGCACUGGAUGCAGCUGAUUUGAAGUUGGUCAGAGAAAUCUCUGAGCUUGCCUUGUUAAAGCGCAAAAGGAUUGAACGGAUGAAGGCCUUGAAGAAAAUGAAAGCAGAGAAGCCAAUGUCAUUUAAUAGUAAUCUGUUUGCAAUGAUUGUCACCUUUCUCUUCUGCUUUGUGAUAAUCUUUCAAGGUCUUUUGGGUUCUCACAUAUGACGCCAGUCGAUGUGUUCCUUCAUCAAAUUGCACCAAGAAUGUGCUUUAAAAAUCCUUCACUCAACAGAUUUCCAGUCAACAGCGUGUGGUGGUAUUCAAGUUGUAUACUUCAACAACCCAUCCACAACUGCAAGUACAAGCAGUGGACCUAGUUCUGGGUUUCUCAAGUAUGCAAUAUGAUGUUCGUCAUUCCUUUUUCGAUUAAUUUGCUUCCAGUAAAGUCGAGUUUUCUCUCUGGGCUUUCUGCAGUUACACACAACAUGUAGAUUUGGACCUAAGAGGAAGUAACCAAUUUGCAGGAUGAGGAAUGAAUUAAUUUGAUGUAACCUAAAUUUUCUGUAGUGGAGGUUUUUAGGGUGUCACUUGAAGUUUGUAUGCAUUUUAAAUCCCAUGUGUGGGGUAAUCUUUGUUAAUGCUUCUGUUGAGGAUUAGCCACAAACAGUUUUUGUGAUCAAAACUAUAUUAGAGGGUUUUUUUUUUUUAAAACAAAAAUUUAGAGUAAGGACUUUUGCUAAUAUAUGAGUCUCUUCUUGUUUAUAUUA